AUGCGUCUCUUCCAGUUCUUCGCGCUCGCGGCCGUCGUCGCCCAGGCCUCGGCAGCAUCCAAGUCUACCGUCAAGACCCGCCUGAAUGGCUGGUUCAAGUGCACCGACUUCACUUUCUCCGACGAAGGAAGCUCGACCGGGCAGUACACCGAGUGCGCUACCUUCAAUGCGCCCUUGUGCUACCCUGGAAUCUGUAAGACGCCAAAGUUCGCCGAUCCAACCAUCGACGUGUUCGUGAAGCGCAUGCCGGCCACCAACGCCGACCUAAAAACCGCUACGAACGUUUGGUUUCUGGAAGGAGGCCCCACUUCAUCCACUGCCAUGGAAUCUUCUAUGAUUGACGCUACUACCACGGGAUCUCCGUCCGGUAAGGCCUUCGACUCGUCAGAAGUUCCGGCUUGUGCUCAGGAACUGCAACAUAAGUACGGUGACCUCGCUGCCUUCUUGGUGACAAGCUCCGCCACGGAUUUGGCGAUCUUCAUCGCCAAGUAUACGAACAGUGCCAAUACCAUCUUGUAUGGUGGCAGCUACGGGACACUGUUUGUGGAGCGUGUGAUGCACUUGAACCCCCCGAAGGUAACGGGGUACGUUUUGGAUGGCGUCGCCACAGCGUCGGGGGCUUCAGCGGACAAGUUCUUCUACAUGUCCAAACGUGACGUUGAUUUUGGUAUCGUCGGCGACCGCUUCUUGGCGCUGUGCGCGGAAGACGCUACGUGUAGCAGUCACUUCAAGAAGCCCAACACGCUGCCGACAGCCCUUCGAGGCUUGGUGAAGGACUUCGGCAAAGACCCAAACUCGACUUGUGCGAGUCUUUUGAAGGACGUGAAAAAUUACGGCGAGGUUCCACCUUCGGCUACCCUUACGCUCAUGCUUGGCACGAUGCUGAUGGAUGAUGCGCUACGGAAGCUCAUUCCUCCGGUCGUUUACCGCAUGAAACGUUGUGACUCGAAUGACGCUGAGGUUCUGCGCCAAUUCAUCGCACACUACAACACGUACGCCGGCGCAACCUCCCAAGACGGCGCGUUCGACUCCCCUCUUCUUUCCAACCUCAUCGAUUACUCGGAGAGUUGGGAGCGCCCGCAGCCUGCGCAGGCUGAAAUGGAAAAGCGAUUCACGAACGCCCUGACUUCUGCUGGAGCAUACGCGCAGUCUGAGGAGUACUGUGCCUUCCCCAAGGAAAAGUCCAAGGCGUGCGACGAAUUCAACGUCGGCAACUACCCUGCGAAACCCAUCACCUACAAACGCGACCAGUACUGGAACAAGACCGCCACGAUCCCCAGCCAGGCCAGCGUGCUGCUCCUCAGUAGCAAACUGGACGCUCAGACGUUGCACGAGUACGCCGAGGCGUUGCUGGAGACGCUGGAUGGAGACCAAAAGGAGAUGGUCACCUUCAACACCUCUAUCCACGGUGCCCUCGUGUGGACCUCUUUGGAUUCGGGUAGUACUUGUGGCGCGAAGAUCCUGGCUUCGUAUGUGAAGAACAACGGCAAGCUCAAGGGGCUGGACAAGUCCUGCGUGGACGAGAUGCCCGCGUUCAAACUGACGCUCCCCGUCGAAGAUCAGACCAUGUACUUCAGCACCGAUGACGUGUAUGAUGGCACCUUCAACUCCAGUCUGGGGCAGUAA